UGUAUUUAUGAUUUAGUUAGUCAACUGAAAUUGAGGGUUCGUUCUAGACAGAAAUAUGACUAUUCUGUAUGGCGUCCAGAAUAAGUCACGUAUUGUAACUAUUAAUCAAUAAGAAAAUUAAUUCAAUAGCUAAAAUUCAUUAGUCACAAAAGAAAUACGGAAACCCGAUUUAAGAACCAAAUAGAUAAUCUAACAAGACAGCUAAAUUAUCUAUUCUUUUAUCCAAAAGAGCUCGAACUAAUAGGCAUGGCAUGUACUCUAUUAAUCCACUCAAACAACUUAAUUAAUCAUAUUAAAGUUGGCCAAAAAUUAACAUAAUCAAUUAAGCGAAUAAGAUUAAUGGAUAAAACUCAAUCAAUUGGCCUAACUAAAAUCACAAUUCAUACUAAAUCAUAGCAGCUUCAUCAUAAUCCGGACUUAAGAAUUUAGUUACUCAUAUUAAAGUAAAACACUAGGAAAACAAUAAGUAAAUAGUGCAGUUUGAUUAUCUGGGCAAUCAACAACAUACGAUUGCUUGAAAUACUCAAAUAAUUAAACAAGACAAGUUUCUAAUGAAUAAAGUUGGAAAAAGUCAAGAACCGAAGGAAUUGUGGCUUAUUCAAACCAGAAAUUCAGUAGCAAUGUUUCAGAAAUUUGGCAGAACCGCAAAUCAGAACCUCCGGCUGCGUCGCUGCCUUUCUUCUACCUGCUGCUCUAAGCGAUUCGGCACUCGGCUCCUUGCCCUUUGCUGCCAGCCUUCGACACUCGACUCUCCAAACUCAGCAGCCAGAAUAGAUCCCCCUCCUUUAACCCUUGCUGCGUUUUUUAUACUCCCCGGAUUACAGUCCAGGUCUCUAGGGCCUUUUUGUUGGUCUUUUUUUUCUUGUGCGCACCUGGACUGUUUUUUUUUUCUUUUUUUUUCUCUCCUGAAUUUUGAGUUGCUGGUGCG